AUGAAGAGAGUCCUGAUCCUCCACCUCAUGUAUGCUCUCCUGCCUUGUGUUCAUGGUUCAAAGACCACUGGAGCCUACAAAGGCUGCAUCAGCCAAAGUUCUUGCAAACCGUAUGCCCUCACACUGAGCACAGCCAAAGGCAGGCAGUUCCAAAGCAGCAUGGCCUGCUGUGCAAACGAUAAGUGUGCUGCAGGGCUGAAUUUUAGUGAGCCACUAGUGGGUGUUUCCGAAAACGGGGCUCAUUGCCCUGCCUGUGAGAGCCUGAAGACAAGCCAGUGUGUCAGCCAAACACGCAUCGCCUGCACAGGAAUUGAACAGAAGUGCAUUUCCCUUUCAGGAACAUCACUAGCUAAUAAUUCAAUAAACUUCUCCAUCCAAGGCUGUGCUACUGAGAGUGCCUGCAAAUUGGGAAAUAAUAGCCUCAUGGCCUUUGAAGGAAACGUCUACCAACUAAGCAAAGCACCACAGUGCACUGACAGAGGAAGUCUGAGCACUAGCAUCUCUCCAACCACUAUUUUUUUCCCUGCCAUUGCUGGGUUCCUCUUAGUGAAUGUCCUUCCUUGA